GUGUUCUAGCAGACGCUUUAUUCAGGAAGCGGUUAAACAUUAGAACAGGCAAAUGCAAAGUAGUUACUUUCUUUGUAAUUUGAGGUUUUGGCUGGAAUUCCUGCGUUGAUAUUGGAAAGGCUUGCACAUAUUCCAGCUUAAAUAAAAGCAAAUAAUGGCAGAUGACAUUGAUAUGGAGAAGCCAGUGGAAAAGACCACAGUUAAUAAUGACUGCAGCAAAAGUGAAAAAAUGUUUUCAUUGAAAAGAUGGAAUGCUGUUGCCAUGUGGAGCUGGGACGUUGAAUGUGAAAUUUGUGCCAUUUGCAGAGUACAAGUGAUGGAUGCGUGCCUACGUUGCCAGGCCGAAAAUAGGAACGACAAAGAACAAGAGGAAUGUGUGGUCAUCUGGGGCGAAUGCAAUCACUCGUUUCAUAACUGCUGCAUGAAAUUAUGGGUCAAGCAAAACAACAGAUGCCCUCUAUGUCAACAAGAAUGGUCCGUCCAGCGAAUCGGAAAAUGAAGAUCUGAACGCGUUUUUUUGUGAUCUUAAGAAAGAAAAAAAAUUCCAAUUUCCCCUUUCAUUUUAAAAUAUUUCUUAAUGCUAAUACACAACGACUCGUAAA